AGUCAAACGGAAUUAAAAAUAUCUUUUAUGUAUAGAUUUAAAUUAUUUUUAUAGGCUACAUGAUGUUGGCGGUUCGAUGUUCUUUAAUUUGACAGUUUGUUUAUUUUUCCAAUUUCUAACCUAUCAUUUUUCAAAUAUUGGUACUGGCAUACUUCAUCAGCUAAUAACUGUUUUUUUCUUAAUUUAAGGUAUUUUUACGUGUUUAACUUAAACAGACAAUCGAUUAAUAAUAUUCUUAUUGCAAUGAGUUUCGACGACCUUUUCGGAGAUAAUGAAAUUGAGGAUGGAGUUAAUUAUAACUAUGGCUUUACUCAGAAUCUUUAUAACAAUUCUGCUGUUAUAUCAUACCCAAACGAUAUUAAUAUCAAUAGUUUAGUUCUUUUACUAACAAAGUUUAAUAAAACAGAUAUAGUCACAUUAAUUGAAGAAAUAAUAAAUAACAAGAGUGUUAUAGAUGGGUCACCUGUAGUGUUUUUUAUAUUCCAGUCCUUCUUUAAAAAUAAUUUGGACCUACAGAUGUUAACAGAGGAGGAAAUAAUAAAUUUGGACUUCGUUACUCAAAUAAUCAAGAGACUAAAAACAUCAAAUAAAUUUAAUCAUAUCAAUUUUGCCAAAACAUUCUUCUCCAAUUGUGACGCAAAUAUUUCACUUAUUUUCAUAUGGUGGCUACAUAAAGAACAUAUUAUUUAUCUUGAGCAAUACUGAUUAAUUUAAGGGAUGCUUAUCAGCCACUGGAUUUAAUAGAUAAAUUAAUAAAAAUUGCUGCAAUAAAUGAAAAUAAAGAAAUUCUGGAGGGCAUACUUGUGGAACUUCUUUCAAGUUGUUAUUCUCCUAGAACUGGUAUCUGCCGUCUUCACAAAAGUAAAUUGUGGUCGUCUUUUUGUAGCAAUAUUUUGAAUGACUUUAUUGAGAAGUAUUUUAUUUCCAUAUUAAAAGAAAAAAACCAAGAAUUUAAUAAUUUUCUUCCUCUAAUAACUGGUUCAUUGCUCUUACCAUAUAAUUUUAAGAAACGUUUUUGUAUAAGUAUACUUCAAAAACUGGUUACUUUUGAAAAUGGUGAAUUUGAUAUGAAUAGUGCCUUUUUAUUUCAAUGCCUUUGGACUAUGGAAAAUACACCAGAGAAAUUGGAAAAUGUCCUGAAAGAGGUUUUUUCAGAUUAUUGUGAUUUUAACGAUGUUAUGGAAAUUUUUAAAAAGUGCGACAAUAACAUAAAUUGGAAGUAUCUUCUUACUGUAAUAGCUGCAUGUGCUAAACAUUCAAAAGCAAGUCAAAAGCAGUUACAAAAAACCGUACAUGAUAAUUUGCUGAGUAUGUUCAAAGGCGGAAAGAUUUCUGAUUUUAAAACUGCUAUACUUCUUAUAAGACAAGCAACGCUAGAAAAACAAAUGGACUUGAAGUAUGACAUAUGGUUUUCUAAUACUUUUGGAGUGAACACAACCUUCAUAACUGCCGAGAAUCAAACAAUAUUUAAGUUUUUCGUCGAUUGUUUACACAACGUCGUUUCGUUAGAAUCAGAAGCGUUUCUUGAAAUUCACAUAAAUAGAGCAAUUAGGGCUCCACCAAAAUGUAACGCUCUAAUGUUGGAAUACAAAAAUAUCUGCAAAAGUCGUUUGAAACAGUUGAAAAAAUAUCCCAGCAUAGUUUUGAACAACGAAAAACUAAACGUCUUGCAAAUGUUCGAAAAUACGUAUCGCAUAAAAAGGGUUGAUCCUAUUAUUAAACAAAUUAUGAAAGAAGAUUAUCAAAGUUUUUAUGAUAAGUUUGUUCCAUAUUUAAAUAAUGAAAGUGUCGUUUUUAAAAAUGUAAAAGAAAUAUUUUUAUCUGAGAAACUUGUAAGCAUAGAUUUAUUAAAUCACUGUAAGUCUGUGGAAGAACUUACAGUAAUAAGUGAUGAUGAUGAUGAAGAAUUACUUAUUAAUAAAUGCUAAUAAAUGCCCUAAAAUAAAUG